CCUGACCCCCUGCUGUGCAUGAUGGUCUAGCCUCUCCCACCAAAAUGAUGGCCUCCGUGGUUGCCAGUGGCAACAGGGGCAGGGCACAGAGACUAAGGGGAGUGGACCCUGAGACCUGUAUGAUAGUCUUCAAGAACCACUGGGCUCAGGUCCUGCGUGUUCUGGAGCGCUAUGACCCGGGCCGUGGUGGCGCGGGCAGCUCGGGUCCGAUCCCGGCGGACGAGGCCAGCGCGGUGCAGAACUACGCCGAGCACAUGCUGGUGCUGCUGAUGGAGGAGCCGUCGGGAGACAGCGGGGCCAUGGGCCCCAUCCUGGAGUUCGUCGUCCUGGAGAACGUGAUGGAGCGGCUCUUCCUGUGGAGCCUGCGGCGGCAGUUCACCGACGACAUGAAGCUGGAGCAGCUCCGCAUGUACUCCAUGCUGAUUGGCCAGGCCCAGCAGCCGCUCCUCCAUCACAAGCCCAUCCUGCGGCCGCUCAUGAUGCUGCUGUCGUCCUGCUCUGCCUCUGGCUCCACCGUGGGGCCCAACUCCUCUGUGAGGCCCUCAGCCGGCUCCUCCUCCUCCUCCGCCAUGGGGCCCAGCAUGGUGGAGGCCGAGCUAGUGGGGCUGCUGCACCAGCUGUGCUUCGCCGUAGCUCAGGACCCCUCCGUGCUUGAGCUCUUCUUCCACACAAGUGAGGACCAGGGAGCCGCCAACUUCCUGCUCUUCUCUCUCCUCAUCCCCUACACACACAGGGAAGGCCCUGUGGGAGAUAAAGCCAGAAAUGCUCUGCUGCUUAUUAUGUCUCUCUCCGCCCACAACUGCAGAGUGGCCAAUCAUAUUGCAGAACAAACCUACUUCUGUCCGGUUUUAGCCACAGGUCUGUCUGGACUCUAUUCUUCCCUCCCAGCCAGGUUGGAGGUAUACAGUGAGGACUGGCACAGUUUGCAGCCAGCGGAUUGGCUGCAGGUGCCAUCACUCAUCCACUUCCUUCACUCGUUGCAGUUCUGCAGCACAGUCAGCCAGGUAGCGCAUCCCUCCAUAAAGUCCCAGUUGUUGGGCUACAUCUAUAAUGGUUUCUUGGUGCCUGUUGUAGCCCCAGCUCUUCAUAAGCUCACUCUGGAGGAAGUGAUGACAUCGACGGCAUACCUGGAGCUCUUCCUGCGCAGCAUCUCGGACCCAGCCCUCCUCCACACCUUCCUGUCAUUCAUUCUGAUGCAUCGGCAUGACAACGUACACAUCCUGGAUACACUAGUCAGCCGGAUCAACACACCCUUCCAGUUGGGUACAGUGUCGCUGGCCCUCUUUCGCACUCUAAUUGGAUUACACUGUGAGGACGUCAUGCUGCAACUUAUUCUCAGAUUUUUGAUCCCCUGCACACACGUGUUGAGUGGAGUGAGAGAGAGGCUGAGAGAGAGGGAUUGCUACUCCUCUUCCGCUGCUGCUCUCCUCUCUCUCACUCCCUCCUUCCUACAUCAGAGCAGCACACAGCAGGACUGCAUCCUGUGGACAAAGGUCACAGAGGGCUUCCUAAAGGGAAAUAUGGGCCUAGACGACCUGCUGACGAGCAGCGCCACUGUGGGAUACUGGCGUUUCCUCGGGGGCGACUCCCUGACGGACAGCAACUACCUGCAGUACCUAAGAGAAGCCCACGACGUGGUCGGCGCCUGCGUCUGGGCGUGCCAGGUGUGGUCGGCGCCUUACGACGGCCUGCGUCCCUCGCCCGAGGACUACCGCGAGGAGGAGGAGGAGCGCCAGCAGCAGGGGGAGCGCCAGAGGGGAGGAGCGGAGAGGGAGCGCGAGGAGGAGGACGGCGUGCUGCCCUUCAUCAGCUCCUCACAGGCGCUCUCGCCAGCGGCCACGCCCGUCUCCGUGUCCAUCUCCGCGUCCAUCUCCGCGCCACCCCCUGCGGCCGACACCAGCUCCGGCGGCCAGUCGGCGGAGCUGGAGUGGGAGUGGGACGACAUGUUCGAGUCGGGGAUGGAGUGCGUCGAGGCCGAGGCCGAGCAGCCGGCCGCCGCGAGGGCCGUGGAGCCGCCCCAGCACCUGGUGGAGAUGCGGCGGAGCGCCAUCUCCCUCGUCCAGGGCUCGUACGUGGAGGAGGCCGAGUUCCAGGACGACGUCCUGGUCUACAGUCUCAUCGCCCAGAGGGACUCGCGCGCGCGUGCACACACACCUGCGCAUGCACACACACACGCCGCUCAGGUGAGCACAAACAACCAGACACACAACUCCAGCACGCACGCCACUGUGCAGAGUGCACGCAUUCGGCCGCGUAAGGCAGUGGCAUCUGCCCAGCAGGACUUAAGCACACACUCACUUUCUCCCACGGACACCCAGAAACACUGUGACGCACACUCACACACACACGCAGUCACUCAGAGCGCACAUAGUGGUGCACACACACUGUCCACUGUUCAGAGUGCCUGUACACACUCACACGCUCACACACACCAACAAACAGGAAGUGCGUUGACCAACGGGCUUGGCUCAGAAAUGGAUCACUCCGGUGACAACACCAAUGCACAGACCAGCACCAGCACUCAGGACUGUGUCCAAAAUGGACUGGACCACAAUUGCCGCCCGUCUCAGGACUACAACUCCAAGCAUCCACAGGACUUUGUUUCCCAGUGCCUGGAGCUCAUCCAGAGUCUAGGCUGGGAGGCGGAGAGCAUCAUGGGAGAUGAGGAGUUCCGAGAGCGCGUUCAGCGACUGUCCUUUGCCUUGCAGGAGGAAGCGGAGUUAAGCUUUGAGUAUGCAGAGCCACUGAAACUUACGAAAGCUGAAGAAGAUCGAACUAAAAACCAGAAACAGGGCCAAGACACACCCUUCACAGGGCCAUUUAUUAGUGUUCUGCUCUCUCGGCUGGAGAACCUUGUGGAGAAUUCGAUUGAGGUGAACCUGCUGGUGACGGGCAUCCUGGCCCAGCUGGCGGCGUUCCCCCAACCACUGCUCCGCUCCUUCCUGCUCUCCACCCAGCCAUUCUUCCAGCCUGGAGUCCGCACUCUCUACCAGGUGCUGGUGUCAGUGAGGGAUCAGCUGGAGCGCUAUGCUGAGAAGCAGACGGGCUUCGCUGAGCUGGUGCGGGAGGCGGGGCUCUACCUGCUGGCCAGAGAUCAGGCCCUGAGAGAGAGAGAGAGAGCAGGUGAGAAUGGGGAGAGCUGGUUUCCCAUUGGUCAAGUCCUGAGGCCCCUCCCACGGUGUCCCAAGAUCCCGCCGGCGUGGCGGAGUCGUGUCUACGCUGCCGUUCUGUUCGGCGAGUUCCUGAAAGAGCUGUCCGCUCUCGCCCAGGAGCACACCACCCUGCUGGACCCCAGUGAGGGAUAGACCCUCCUGACAGGACUACUGGACUUGUGCCAUCACUGUCCCGCACCAACUCCCUCCUCAGACUGACCUCCACCCUCUUUACUGUCUGUGCAGCUCUCCCUCAACAUCCAGAAUACACACCAGGCUUGGCAUACUAUCACAUGUGAAUUAAAGCAUAAGACUUGUGGGAACAAUGUGCAUUUUUGCAUUUGGUAUAAAGUUAGCAGAUUGAUUUUUCCAAGAUCUUAAAUUAUUUUUAGUACCUUUGGGCCGGUCUUUUAAUCGAAGUCCCCAAGAUCUGUUCCAUUCUCCAGGUGUGUAACCUAACACGGUCAUAACACGGACGUGUUCCAGUGCCCAGCAGUUCUCUCUCCUGCCUUCGUGAUCUCUACCCAGCCUUCUCACUCACAGAAAACACAGUUGACUUCCCAGGCAUUAUGCAGUGUCCAUUUCGCCUUCUGAAUGCCUGUGUCCAAUUUAUCCAACCUUUAAAAUGUCUGCCCAAACUAGCCCUAAAAAUAUUUGUGCCACAUUUCUUUUCGUUCUCAACCCAAUUUGAAACAUGUCCAGAUGACCAUCCCUUUACAACCACUAACAUGUCCGCCCAAACUUGCCAAUGUAAGUGUUUUACCUGUAACAUAUCUGUUUUAACUUCAUCACAUCUGUCCUUCACAGUGAGAGGAGUCAUACAUGAUAUCACUUCACUGUUACACAUGUACUGUCUGUCUUUGUAACCUAUCUGCACAUAUCAUUUAUAUGUAACUGUAUUCUUGUUAUGGAGAUGUACUGUGUGAAUGAUUUGUGCAAUUCCCUAUGAGUUUAUAUUUGUAUGAUAUAUGUUUACAUUGCAGUACAAAAUGUCUCCAAUUAUGCAGUAAGAUGGCCUGUAUGACUGUGUGUGUGUAUCUGUUUGCAUGUGGGUGUGUGGGUGUCUGGAUGUGUGUGUGUGUGUGUAUCUGUA